AGGAAAACGAUUAGAUGAACGCCAUUUAACAACAUGUAGAUAUCAAAGUAACUACAAUAUUCCAAAAACUGGUCAUUCAUCAGAAAACCAAAAACAUAAAAAAAAUAAUCCUGCAAACAAACGAAGCUUACCAAAUUCAAACACUAUUACAACAAGCAAUGAAGAAUUGAAUAACCUUGAUAUUGAAAUUGCUAAAAGAGAAAAGUUAAGAAAACUCAAAUUAAUAGAUUAUAAAUUUCAACAUCGAAAAGAAAUUUUAGAAAUUGAAAAACAAGCAAAAUUAGCUAAUCUUCAUGUUCAAGAACUAGCUAAUAUUGAAAAAGAAAAAUUAUUAGGUAUUGAUAUUGAUAAAGAAUUAAAUAAUUAG